AGAGCGCCGUAAUCUCGUGAUGAGCGAGAUGAGGACAGCAUUGAGGCCCACGUCAAAGGUCUCAGCCAAGGACAAGGAAAAAGCCGUGUCAGCAGCAAGGAGCCCUAAAGACUCCAAAAUGGGAGAGUGCUUGCUGAAUGUUCAUAUCAGAGGGGACCCUGGUCUAGGGCCCCACCUUGGAAAAAUUGACAGGUAACUCGAAAAUAGAUGCGUCUGCGUUUUUGUUUAUUUCCAGUCCUAUGGGUCUGAGGCAUUUAAAAAGCCGAAAGACUAAAUCCAGUCCAAUAAUUGCAAUAUCUCAACUGCUGCUUAUACCAAGUCAAAUUGUUUUUUUGUUUUUUUUGUUUUUUUUAACUCAUUAGUGUAUUCUGUCAUACAGUUUCUAUCCAGUGACAAUUUAAAUUUUAGUUAAAGGUUUGAAUUUGUUUUUUUAAAGUAACUGCAAUAUAUAUUUGGGGGUAAUUAGAGUUUGUGCCUAAUGAGCCACUCGUCGAAGUGUAGGACUACAUAGCUACUCCAUCGUCUCGCGAAGUCGGAACGAUGCCAUAUGUACACAUAUAUAACGUCACGGUUGUCUUUUGUCCCCAGGGAACAGAGGAGGACCGAGCACGGCCUGCACCAGUCCAGGCAGAGCUUUCUCAGACAAUCUCAGUGUCUCAACUACGAGCCGAUGAUAUUGGUGGAGAGAGGCCCGUCAGAUAAAGUGAGUACAUCUCUCGUGUCCUCUUGUUCUAAACUACGAGGAACAUCAAACAAGAGUUGGUUGAAUAGAUGGGUUGUUCUGUGGUAGACAUAUACUUGGGUUGGUGCUGUGGGUUGGAGUUUUCUAGAAUAAAUAAANAUAUAUAUAUAUAUAUUAUUUAUUUUUUUUGGGGGUGGGGGGAGUCUUCGGUUAUAUCACAAAAUAACCAGAUUACAAUGUUACAUUUUAGUAAACAAAGUAGUAGUAAAGUAAAUUUACAUAUUAGCUGGAUGAAUUCAUUUAGAUAACGCUGGGAAAGCAAGAAGUAAUAAGCUGAGUUGCACUGUUUGGCUUUUAAAGUACAUUAAGUGUAUUUAUCUGGAGUCUAGAGUAAUUGUAAUACUAAAGACCAGUGGUUCCCAACCUUCUUAACCCGCGAAGCCCCUAUUUGGAAUCAGUUUCUAUGGUGGAGCCCUUGAGGCCUACCCUGUGUCUCGCAAACUGACAAUGUGUAGGAGUAGCUCUGCGAUUGGCAAGGAAAGAUAAAAUAGGAUUUAGCAUGACAUAAAAUACAUUGUUUGUUUGAAAGACUCCCGGUGUUGUAUUAUUGUGCACAGUUUUCUUGUUUUGUAUUAAUUAAGUGAUCGUUCCAGGUGAAGGGUUGGUUCUGCACUUAAGCGGAAACAGAAAGAAACUUUGUCGAGAGAGCUGCAAUUUUAAUUUCUGCAUUCUCAUAUAAUAUUUUUAUUUUAUCGUGCAAAAACAAUUCCGAUGAAUUUUUUUAGUCUAAUAUCUAAAACGAUCUUUUUUUGUUCACUGUCAGAUUUCAAAUAAUAUAAGGACCUCAUAUUCCGCUAAGAGUUUGUGUUUUUUUUCCUCAUGACUAACAUAUUCAGUACCCAUUUAAUAUCACCCAGCACAACCUCUUGAGUUGGAAGCCAAUAAUGUUCGAAUAAGUCUUUCAAUACUUCCAGAUGCGCCUCAAUAUUUUUUUCUGUAUUUAUCCUUAUCUUUUUAUUGUCAUUCAAGGAGAUAUAUAUAGUGAAAGUAAAGGGAAAACGCGAUAAUUGCGCAAAUCGUGUCGGCAAAAAGUCUUCGUCAUUGAACAGUCAAAAAAAAUAUAAUAAUUUUAACUUAGCUUAAAUAUAGUAUCCGAAAGAACAGAAAGAGGAAGUUGAAGUUCAUUUCAGUCGGAGCACUGCUUGAGAACCACUGCUAAAGACCCCAAAAAAAAUUAAUAAUUAAAUUCACUUCUGGAAAAUAACGUCUACUUUUAAAUGUUAUAAAAAAAUAACUCAAAUAAAAAAUAUGAAAAUUAAUAGAGUAGAUAGUAUGUAGAACUCUGUUUCUUAAACAAAUCUCUUUUUAUCACCCAAUAUAUCUAUGUGAAAACCUUUGCUUUUCAGGCGAUCACGCGAGCGGCCUUUAUGAAAAGCUAUGGAGUUGACCCGGUAACAGUGCUACUUCCUAGCUACAGGCGACCCCUCGUGUCCAGGAGCAAGACACCAUCCACACUGACCACCAUUGAGGCGUACACCGUGGAGUCCAAGAAGAAGAGAAACGUCUGGGACGAGGCCCUGGAAGAGGCACCGAGGUUCAAGAGCGUGGCCAGGCCGACCGCUCGACUGACCAACGAUGAGGUCACCGAGCUUCAGAUGGGCCAUCUCCAUCACAAACCUACGGCGGAGAAACUCGGCAAGUUCAAGGUCGACCGGAUGACGCCGGGGACCUUGACCCGAUCCAAAACCACAGCCGCGUAGAAACACCGUGUUCAAAGGAACCUCAGAACUUAGGUCAAAGGUCAUUUCAUCAGCCUGUGGGCCAUAGUGGGGCUGAACCCUUGUGCUGUAGCCUUUUUAAAUGUAAUCAUAGGAUAAUGUGAGUACAACAGGACAACAAAGUUCUCACCAAGAAUAAGUUUAACAUGGUUAGCUUUAAUGUUGUAGGGAAAAAACAUAUUUUAGAAACCUAGCAAUAUAUCCACACCAUAAAGAAUCAAUGGAAAAGAUCACUAGAUGUGCAAUGGAUGAAAAAGAAUCUAUAGAACAAGACACUAAAUAUGAUGUAGUAAAGGAAGUAUUGAGGAUCAACCUGCAGAACUAAACACUAUAUUCGACAUCCCUGUCGAGACUAUCCCCAUGAUGCGUGGUGUGAAUGACAAAAUAUUCGAAUGACAAAUUAUUUAAAAGAAUAUUUUAAAGACAAAAUAUUAGAAUUAUAAAAUAUUUGAAUGACAAAAUAUCAGAAUGAUAAAAUAUAUGAAUGACAAAACAUUUGAAUAACAAAAUAUUUUGAUUGACAAACUAUUUGAAUGAAAAACAUAUUUGAAUGACAAAAUAUUGAAUAAUUAAACAUUUGAACGGCAAAUCCAACACACCACUUGCAGGCUAGAUACAAUUUAAAUAUGAAUUAUCUAGUUUUAAUAUGGCUGUAACAAUAGCUUACAUCUCCAAAAAAACGAUUCGCAAUAUCUGUCUACCUCUAGCUCAUCUCUGUUGUGGAUCUACCCAUACACCUCUGGAUGACUACGAACUGGAUAAACAACACAGGAUGGCAACAACAAACUAACUCACCGUAACGGGACCUUGGUUGAAUACGUCAUCAUACUCUCGAUUUGUUAUCUCACAAUAAUUACCCGUCAUACACCUUCCUGCUGUCCUAUACAUUCCUGUUAAUGAUUUUUGUUCGUGUUUUGUGGGUGCGUGUUUGGCGCUGAGAAUAUCUGUGUAUCUGUUGCUAUGUGCUUUGUAAUUUGUGACGUAUUUGGGUAUGGGAAAUGUCUUCAUUAAAUGUUAUGUUUUGUGUGUCUGUGUGUGUGUGUGUGUUAGUAAUGGAGUUGCAGGGUGAGAACGGGAUGACGGAAGACCCGCUUGGCCUCAUUUAAUAAAGAAAUAUUUGUCAUAUGGACCAUUGCUUGAAAACUGAAAUGACCCAUAGACGUAAAGAUGCCACUGAAGAGCUGCUCGUGCAGUUCGUAACAAUUGCCACUCAAAAGAUGUUGACCGAUUAAAACUGAAACUCAUGCUGGGCCCCAAAGCUCUCGUUUACUCGAAACUGACAGCGUGUCUCCAAGAAGCUUGUUCCGUACUCUCUAUGCCGAGAUAGCAUGCUCUGCCACAGCUGUUUGCUCACAAAAGCUUAGCUCAUUGCAACAAGGCUUAUACUUUUUUUUUCUUUAUAUAUUACUUAACAUAUUCACCCUCCAAUGGCCAGCAAUAUAUUUCCUGAUACAAAUGUAAUCAUAUAAUGUACAGAAUGUAUUUCUAUGUUUUCUUAAAAUUAAAUAAUUACCGUAUGAUAUUUGUAAAUAGGAAGUCGUCUGUUUGUUAUUUAGACCAGAACCUAUUGCAAGCGAUAGCUAACCCUUAAUUCGUGCAUUUUGAAAUUAAAGUGUGGAGUUACUCAACGACAGAAAAGAAGGACCAAACUAUUGAAAUCAGUUUGAUGGCUAGGAUGUUCUAAGCUAAAUAUCAACAAUUGAUUGUUAACUUUACAAUUCGAAGAUAUAUAUUUAAUCUUGUACAAUCAAAUUGUUACUUCAUUGUCAAUUUUUGUAUUCCGCAAUUAAAAUGAUGAAAGGGAGAUUACCUUUAAAACACUUCUUUUAUUUCUAGUUAUUGCCCUUAGCAUUGUCAUGACUAAAUAUGUGCG